UUAGCAAAGCGCCGAGACACCAGGUUUUGAAUACCGAGAUCAUGGAAUUGUUGCUCAUUUGAGCUCUGGGGAUUUGCAACCUUCGCGCAUUCCUUUAAGGUUUAGGGUUUGGGAUUUCGUGUUCAUUGUAGGAAUUCUCAAGCGCCAUGGCAACGUCAGCGAUGCUGCAUGUCCCUGGAGCAGUGCUUCCGGACAGCAAAGUCUCAAGCUCAUUCUUCGCCGGUAACUCUGCUAACUUGGUUUUGCAGCCCGCGUCGUCUUCAGGGCGAGAUUUUGUGAGCAUUGCGGGACGUACACGACUGGUGGGCGCGUGGGCUUCAGCUCAACAUGCUGAUAAUUCUGCUGCCCAGAAUGUGUGUGAAAAUUAUAAAGGGAGAUUGAGGCUCUUUAUUGACACAGCUGACUCUAAGUCGUGGCAGCGCUGGCUUCCUUCUGGUGCUUUUUACGGUGUGACAACAAAUCCUCUCUUGUUGGAGAGGGCAAAUGUAAGAUGCGAAUUGAAGACUCUGUCAGAACUUGCAAAUCGUGCGUUCGAUCUGGGAGCGGAGGAAGUACAAAUUCAGACAUGGGGUCAGACUGUUGAAGAGAUGGUCAAUACAGGGUCGAAAUUGGCAGAAAUCAACCCAGGUGCCAUUGUGGUCAAGAUCCCCACAACUAAGAAUGGCCUUGUUACAGCUAGUCAUCUGGCUAAGAGCGGUAUUCCUGUGACCAUGACAGGAGUGUAUUCUGUGCAUCAGGCGCUACUGGCAGUUGGGGUUGGUGCUGCUUAUGCAGCCCCGUACCUUGGACGCAUGGUAGCCCUCGGAAAGCCAGGCAUGGAAGAUAUCCAAGAAAUGCAGCAAAUGGUAGGAGGAGUCAAAAGUGACAUGAGACUACUUGUAGCGAGCAUCAAAGACGUAAAGCAGAUUACAGGCCUUGCUGCUAGAGGUGUAGAGUCUUUUGCCAUUCCAGUGCCAGUCGUUGAAAAGCUCUUCCAAGAUGGUGAUACAGAGAAAGCUGCUGCUGAGUUUGAAGACGCCGUCUCGCGCACUCUAGAAAUGAGCGCUUCAACGAGCACGUAAGAUGUACCAUAGCAAUAACUAGUUUAUGUAUCAAAAUCAUGUGUAAAUUGAUGGAGAAAUGACCAAACAGUAAAUGACACUGCUCUGUGAAACUAGACAGUUUCUUGCAUUAUC